GGAAGGCGCAGAGAAGCUGGGAGUGACGCCUCGAGCCGUGGAGGAUUGUGGGAGGAGGUUGUCUCCAGUUUCUCCUCCCCCUACCCGCUCCCGGCCAAGAUGUCUGACAUGGAGGAUGAUUUCAUGUGCGAUGAUGAGGAGGACUACGACCUGGAAUACUCUGAAGAUAGUAACUCUGAGCCAAAUGUGGAUUUGGAAAAUCAAUACUAUAAUUCCAAAGCAUUAAAAGAAGAUGACCCCAAAGCAGCAUUAAGCAGUUUCCAAAAGGUUUUGGAACUUGAAGGUGAAAAAGGAGAAUGGGGAUUUAAAGCACUGAAACAAAUGAUUAAGAUAAACUUCAAGUUGACAAACUUUCCAGAAAUGAUGAACAGAUAUAAACAGCUAUUGACCUAUAUUCGGAGUGCAGUCACAAGAAAUUAUUCUGAAAAAUCCAUUAAUUCUAUUCUUGAUUAUAUCUCCACCUCUAAGCAGAAUUCUGAUUUUUUAUGUCAGAUGGAUUUACUGCAGGAAUUCUAUGAAACAACACUGGAAGCUUUGAAAGAUGCUAAGAAUGAUAGACUGUGGUUUAAAACAAACACAAAGCUUGGGAAAUUAUAUUUAGAACGAGAAGAAUAUGGAAAGCUUCAAAAAAUUUUACGCCAGUUACAUCAGUCCUGCCAGACUGAUGAUGGGGAAGAUGACCUGAAAAAAGGUACACAGUUAUUAGAAAUAUAUGCUUUGGAAAUUCAGAUGUACACGGCACAGAAAAAUAACAAAAAACUUAAAGCACUCUAUGAACAGUCACUUCACAUCAAGUCAGCCAUCCCUCAUCCACUGAUCAUGGGAGUCAUCAGAGAAUGUGGUGGUAAAAUGCACUUAAGAGAAGGUGAAUUUGAAAAGGCACACACUGAUUUUUUUGAAGCCUUCAAGAAUUAUGAUGAAUCAGGAAGUCCAAGGCGAACCACUUGCUUAAAAUAUCUGGUCUUAGCAAAUAUGCUAAUGAAAUCAGGAAUAAAUCCAUUUGACUCACAGGAGGCCAAACCCUACAAAAAUGAUCCAGAAAUUCUAGCAAUGACGAAUUUAGUAAGUGCCUAUCAGAAUAAUGACAUCACUGAAUUUGAAAAGAUUCUGAAAACAAACCACAGCAACAUCAUGGAUGAUCCUUUCAUAAGGGAACACAUUGAAGAGCUUUUGCGUAACAUCAGAACACAAGUGCUCAUAAAAUUAAUUAAGCCUUACACAAGAAUACAUAUCCCUUUUAUUUCUAAGGAGUUAAACAUAGAUGUAGCUGAUGUGGAGAGCUUGCUGGUGCAGUGCAUAUUGGAUAACACUAUUCAUGGCCGAAUUGAUCAAGUCAAUCAACUCCUUGAAUUAGAUCAUCAGAAGAGGGGCGGUGCCCGAUAUACUGCACUAGAUAAAUGGACCAACCAACUAAAUUCUCUCAACCAGGCUGUAGUCAGUAAACUGGCUUAACAGAGAACAAGCUUUUACAGACAUACUUAAGACAACAGUGCAGAGAUGUAAUCCUUAAAAGAACUGGGAAUGGCAAAACUACUGUCGGUUGAUGUGUCCUGAAAAUUAUUGGAGUUAUGGCAGAAGUGCUUUUUUUGAUCAACUGGUUUGUGUUUUGCUGCUGCAUUUAUCCCAAGAAAAACAGCUUUAAUCUCCAGAAGAAAACCAAAAUGCCAUGGGAUUUAUGCUGUAUUGACAUCUUGCCCUAAACAUACAACAUCAUAGUAAUUUGUCAUGGGCAACAUGACCAGAGAGAAGAUUUUUGUCAUGAUUUUAAAUACACUGACACGCUACUGUUGGUUAAAUUUAAACAUGUUUUACCUGCAGAAAUUCUCUCACAAAUAACCUGCAAUAACUUGAAAUGCAUAUACUUUUGAACACUUCCUUUUCUCAUGUAUAAAUUAAAAUGUUUGCUGCAUUUUGCAAAAUGUCAAUUCUCCAAAAACGUGUCCGUAUAUUUCUGUACCUGCAGUGUAGUUAAAGGUUUAGAUGAAACCCCAUAAUGAUAGUGGCAUACUGUCACUUAGGUUUCAAGCAGCAAAAUAAACAGUGCAGCUCAGAAAUUGUAGUUUGGUUCUUGAUGUGUUUUUAUUACAUUUGGGCUUUUUGUUUGUUUUUUAGUACCUUAGAAAUUUCAGGUUAUUUUAUCUUGAGUAAAUGACUUUAAAAAGCCUGGGAGAAAAUAGGUUGGUUAUUUGCUUUCAAGUUUUUUAAAGUAGUCUUUAUUGAUAAAGUAAGAACUAGUUUCUAACAAAAUGCUUGUAUAGUGCUUACUUUGGCAGUGAUGCUUUAAAGGAAUAAAGUUCUUUUUUUGUUUUUUUGUUUUUUUGUUAAGAAUGAUACUCCUUUUUAAAAGAAUAAAUUUAACUCUCAGAAUGUUCACUUUAAACAAAUAUGCCAGAACAUAGACAGCUAAAUGAAUGUUACCCUGCAUAGUGAUCAUGCUGGAAAAUUAUUUCCUACUUCCAGCAAUCUGCCAUUGCUCAGAACCUGUUGGGUUUUGCUCUUUUAGAAUUACAUUCAGAGCUAAUUUAAGUCAUACACACUAUUAACUUUACACAGUUAACAUGUUGUUUAAAAAAAAAAUGUUUCCAAGUUUGAUUGUUUUAUAGUCACUGUUACUUGAAACCAAUUGACUUUUGACAGUUUCCAAAAAAAAUAAAUCUAUCUGGAGAUAAUAAUAGAAAAUAUGCAACUGGCUUUGAAGAUGAUCCCAAAAGAGUUAUUUUAAAGGUAUUUUGAGCAGUGGUUGGUAGCUUAGGAGAAUGAACUGUGGUCUUCCAAGGUGACUACCUUAAAGAAGAUACAGCUCAUUUGAAUGUAUUGCGUUUUGGAUGUAUUUGUUUCAUUUUGAAAAAGAGUUCACAUUAUUUUAUAGUGUCAAAAGGAAGAACUAAGAUUAAGAUAAUUUCGUUGGUUUUUCUAUUGCUUGUUAUGUAAAAAAAAGUGAGUGGCAAUUCAGAAGGAAGAUUGUUGUAACCGAAGAAUGACAACCAAUUUUUGAUCAUUAAAUCAGAUUUUAUAAACAGUGGAAGGAGCAUGGACUUAAAACAAGGCAUGCUUAUUCGGUUUUGUCAAAAUUUUACAAAAAUAUGUGAUAUAUAUUUAUACUAAAACUAUAUAAUCCUUAGAUUUAGGAGAGCAGUGAGUUAAUGUCUUUAACAGAUUAAAGCAGUAUUAAAUACAGGUGCAACUUGGAAAUUGUAGAAAACUGAAAGAAAAUGAAGGACAAAAUGUCUCUGGUAGGGAAUAAAAAAGUUUAAGAUAUUAUAAAA